AUGCGACCUCGGCCCGGUCAGGAACAUCCGCCGUCAUUCUCUCUCCUUAACGUGUCCUCCCCCAAGUUCGGCCUGGGAAGGAUGUCUCCAUCGGAGCGGCUCAAGGGGUUUUUCAAAUCCGAUGCCGCGAAGCUGACGAUGUGCGUCGUCGGCGUCGUAGGCACCCUCAUGGUGUACGGAGUCAUGCAGGAGCGGAUCAUGCGGCAGCCGUACGGUGCGGAGCAAGAGAAGUUCCAGGAGUCACUGUUCAUCGUUCUCUGCAACCGAAUUCUUACCUGCAGCCUCGCCGUCAUCGUGCUUCUGAUUCAAGGCAAGUCCAUGGCUCCCGUCGCACCUCUGUACUCGUAUGCGGCGGUCUCCGUGUCCAACGUCGUCGCCACGGGAUGCCAAUACGAGGCUCUCAAGUUCGUGAGCUUUCCCAUCCAGACUCUCGCCAAGUCUGCGAAGAUGAUCCCCGUUAUGAUAUGGGGCACGGCUAUCAUGGGCAAGAAGUACAACCUCAAGGACUACGUCAUUGCGCUGCUCGUCACGGGAGGCUGUGCCAUCUUCGUGCUCUAUGGGGACAAUAAGAAGCACAGGCAGGUGGAUUCCACCUUCUGGGGCGUUCUUCUGAUGGUCGGAUACUUGGCAUUUGAUGGGUUCACAUCGACAUUCCAGGACAAGCUGUUCAAGGGGUACAAGAUGGACACGUGGAACCAGAUCCUCUACAUCUCCAUGUGGUCCGCGCUGCUCUCGCUGCUCGGGCUGCGCUACCGCAUUGUGUAUGCCAUUCGCUUCAUCACCAAGCACCCAGACUGCUUCUUCCACAUCUUCAUGCUCUCAGCUUCUGCCACCACGAGCCAGUUCUUCAUCUCCUAUACCAUCAAGACCUUUGGCGCCCUUGCCUUUGCCACCAUCAUGACCACUCGCCAGCUGUUGAGCAUUCUCCUCUCGUCUAUCCUCUAUGGACCUCCGCUCACCUUCGGCCAGUAUGGUGGCACGACAAUGGUGUUCUCGUCGCUGUAUUACAAGUCCUACGCGAACAGCAAGGAGAAGAAGGCUGAGGCCAAGAGCAAGGAGAGCAACAGCUUGGAGGGUGAUAAUGGAGGCAAGGAGAUGGAGCCUUUGAUGUCGAGUGGCAAGGAUGGGAGAGACCAACUGGGCAUGGACAGUGAGGGGAAGGAGGGCAAGGUGUGCGGCAAGUCUGGCGGCAAUCUCGAUGGGCUCCAAAUAUGCUCCACGGAAGCAGCAACGGGUGCGUCGCAACUGCGGUUAAACCAGAUUCAGCUGGGCUGGCAAUACACGCACAAGCCUAUCCCCAAGCUCCUGGAAAAAGGCGUCCGGAGCUUCGAAUUCGACGUGUUUCCGGAUCCUGAAGGUGGCCGCUACUACAAUCGCGAUGGCAUGCGACUCGUUGACCAGCCCACGGCGUCGAAAAUCCCCGCUUUAAAAAAACCCGGUUACAAGGUAAUGCACGUGCAGGACGUGGAUUACCAAGCCACGUGUCUCACGUUCGUUGACUGCCUGAAGCAACUGAACUCUUGGUCGGUGAAAAACCCGGGCCAUCUGCCAAUCACGGUGAAGGUCGAGGUGAAAUACUCGUCGCUCGUUGACGAGAUUGGAUCAAUCGCAUCCAUGAUUCUCCCCAACGCGGCGAUUCCACCGGAAAUCACCCCAGCCUUGCUGACGGAUCUGGAGAAAGAGGUGCUGUCGGUGAUCCCCAGGUGGAAGAUUCUGAAACCGGAUAAUGUGAGGGGGAAUUACCCUACGCUGGCGGGAGCUGUGAAGACCAAGGGAUGGCCGUCUGUGGCUGUUGCAUCAGGGAAGUUCAUGUUUGUUCUGGUGGGUAACGCCAUAGAUACGUACAAGCAGAAGGCAACAUCGCUGCAGGGGAAGCUGUUCUUCACUGGGCCUACAUCAGGAGGAACGCCAGACGCUGCUGUGGUGAGCAUGGAGGUGGACUAUAGCUCUGCUAAGGAGGACGUGCAGCGGUUGCUUAAAGAGAACGUGAUUGUAUGGACGAGGGCAGAUGCGGAUACAGUUCAGGCAAGAGCGAAUGAUGGGACGAGGAGGCAGGUGGCGCUGACGUCGGGGGCACAGAUUGUACACACGGAUUACCCUGCUGCUGAGAGGCCUAACCCGUUUGGCACGCCUUACUAUGUAGGGUUGCCCAUGGGAAGGAAGGCCAUGUGCAAUCCUGUGACAGCGCCUAAGUGGUGCCGCCAUUACUUCCUCAAUGAGCCUAUUAAGGCUUAG